UGAAACCGGAAGUUCCAGUUUGACCAUGCAGCCUGGUAGCGGAAGUGACGCCAUUUUACCCUCACAAACAUGGCGGCGUACAGGUGUGCAGGAGUUUUACGGAAUUUCUCUUCACUCGUUACAGGAACAAAAACACCUGCGUGUCGAUAUCACCAUGGAGCUGCACUCGGUAAACUGUCCUUCAACACGAGGACAUUGCCACGAUGUCCUACAGCCAUGUUUGUGAGAAACAUGUUUAUUCAGACUCAAGACACUCCAAACCCAAACAGUUUGAAGUUUCUCCCCGGGCGGACGGUGUUAGACUCGGGCACUAUGGACUUUGUCGCUCCCAGAGAUGCUUUCUGCUCUCCACUGGCCAGGCAGCUCUUCAGAAUUGAUGGAGUCAAAAGCGUCUUUUUAGGCCCCGACUUCAUAACCAUCACAAAGACUGAUUCACACACGGAGUGGAAAGUGAUUAAACCAGACGUCUUUGCCACCAUUAUGGACUUCUUCGUGUCAGGCCUUCCUGUUGUUAAUGAAGACGCUGUUCCACGUGCAGACACCGCGCCCUCGGACGAUGACGAUGAGGUCGUCGCCGUCAUCAAAGAGCUGCUUGACACACGGAUCAGGCCCACGGUGCAGGAGGACGGGGGCGACGUGCUCUAUCGGGGUUUCGAGGACGGCAUCGUGAAGCUGCAGCUCCAGGGCUCGUGCACCAGCUGCCCCAGUUCCAUCGUCACGCUGAAGAACGGCAUCCAGAACAUGCUGCAGUUCUACGUCCCCGAGGUGGAGGGGGUGGAACAGGUGAAGGACAAGGAUGAGGGAGUGGAACAACACACUCAGCAAUGAGUGCUAGUAAGCAGGAUCUGGACUACACUCCUGUCUCGUACAUCUCGUAAAACCGUCUGACCGAGGACAGAGAGGCUGAGGAUGAUGACGGCGGGAAGGCGCUCACUAAUACUGUGGCGCAAAGUGACACCAAAGGCAUGCUUUCCUAGAUGCUUUUAGGGAAAUCUUGGAACUGUGAUGAAACAUUACGAUGGAAAAGUCUGAAAUGGUCACAGUAAAGUUUAUCUCGUUCAUACCCUUUGGUUUUGUCUCGAAUCAAAGUACGACACACCCUUCAAUAUGGAUUUUUUAUUUUAUUAUUAAUCGGUAAUAAAACCGAUUUUGUUUAUUGGAUUAUACUGUAAAUUCAGGUUGAGUGAAUAGCACUUAGAUCCUGACCACAUCAUGCACUUAUGAUAUUUAUAGCACUUUCAGUUUUCUUCUCAGUCCUUCCUGUUGCAACAAUGGACAGUGGACUCCCCUUCCCCCAAAGGUGUGUGUGUGUAUGAAUGUAAUUUUGACUCUGGUAUCUAAAUUAAAACAAUAAAAAUGUUUUAAAAUGUG